AUGUUCAACUCGUCUCCGUCGGCUUCCACGCUCUUCUUCUCCGCGGCUCGGGAUCAUGACGUCGCCGGCGGUUCCUCGCGCACGUUCCGCGGCGGGGGAGUCGGGAUCGGGGUCGGGGUCGGUGUCGGGGUCGGAGUCGGGGACGAGGGCAACGGGUCGUGCGCCGAGCGGCCGCUCGAGUUCGCGCCGGUGGAGAAGGUGGCCGUGGGUCUGGCGCUGGCCGCGGUCACGGCGGUGACGGUGAUCGGGAACGCGCUCGUGGUGGUGGCCGUGUGCGUGGUGAAGAAGCUCCGGCAGCCCUCCAACUACCUGCUUGUGUCGCUCGCCGCCGCCGACCUGUCCGUCGCGCUCGGGGUCAUGCCCUUCGCCAUCGCCACCGACCUCACCGGCGGCAAAUGGCUGUUCGGAGAAGCGUUCUGCAACGUCUUCAUCGGGAUGGACGUCAUGUGCUGCACGGCGUCCAUCAUGACCUUAUGCGUCAUCAGCGUGGACAGGUAUCUGGGCAUCACACGACCUUUAACCUACCCAGCGCGCCAGAACGGUCAACUGAUGGCGAAGAUGAUCUUCGGCGUGUGGUUGGUGUCGGCAUCCAUCACUCUCCCGCCGUUUUGCGGCUGGGCAAAGAACAUCAACGAGGAGGGAGUGUGCCUGAUCAGCCAGGACUUCAGCUACACCAUCUACUCCACCGCUGUGGCCUUCUACAUCCCCAUGCUCGUCAUGCUGUUCAUGUAUUACAAGAUCUUCAAGGCAGCGAGAAAGAGCGGGGCCAAGCACCGUUUCGAGUCGGUGAGGAUGCAGGGGCUGAAAACGCAACAGCACCCGGUGGCCGAGGAAUGUGUGGCUCUUUCUCGGCUCCUCAGCCCCCAACGCCAGAACAUGUCCAUUUUUAAGCGUGAACAGAAGGCUGCCACGACGUUGGGCGUCAUCCUUGGAGUCUUUACCAUCUGCUGGCUACCUUUUUUCAUCUUGACCACAGCGAGGCCGUUUAUAUGCGGCAUAGAGUGCAGCUGCGUCCCGAUUUGGAUCGAGAGAACGCUGCUGUGGUUCGGCUACGCCAACUCGCUCGUCAAUCCGUUUAUUUACGCCUUCUUUAAUCGCGACCUGCGAUCCACCUACUGGGACUUGUUGCGGUGUCGAUACCGCAACAUCAACCGGAGACUAUCUGCCGUCGGCGUACACGAGGCCCUGAAGUUCUGAAAUAACACCAGGCUUUUUAGACACUCACAUGCCAAGGUCGAUGCCAGAUUUGGACCCUAUGCGGAGAAGGUUUUAUUUUUUUUCCAGAACCUCUAAAAAGGAUGAAACCACAUGCCAUCUUUCAAGGGGCUUUUUUUUCUGUUAAGUAGAAAGGUGACUCUGAAAAGGACACAGCGGGAGGUUGGGAUGCUGUAGGAUGCGCAAGCGUGGACGCUAUUUUUGGACUCGCUGAUGGAGGACAAAAGUGAACACUGAAGCAGGUUGACAAUUUUAUAUAUUCUUUAAAACUGAAAAGGAAAAAUGGACAGGUUACAUUUGUGGAUCUACCGAAGGAGGUCGAAAGGACAUUUUGAAAAGGGGAUAUAAAAAAAAUCCUGGAAUAUUCGAAAAAGGAAAAAAUCAACAAACAGACACUGUUUCCAGACAGUAUGAAGGACGUUGCGAAGCAGUUCAUGUAAACAAGCUGAAGAGUGUUCUGAAGGCGUUUUCUUGGCUGUAGGUCACGAAGCAGAUGUUUCUGACCAUGUCAGAUGUGAACUGCAAGCGCUAGUGGAUAAUCGCAGCUGUAGGGCUUGUGGUCAGCGGCGAGUGAUAUCGGAAACCAGUGUGCCUGUUUGUGCGUUCUCCAACAUAAAGGUGACAAGGAGAGACAGGACACAGUCAUUAUCCAGUGACUCACCAUGUGUAUUUUAAGACAUGUUCGCUAAGCAGAUGUAGGAUAUGACCUUGAUGGAGUUUCGGACUUGACAAAGGUUUGCGUGACUGUUACAUCUGAAUCUGACUCUGUGUUUUUGACCAGAAUUAACAAAUGGGUCACAUGGAAUCAAGACAAAAUCCCAAACAAACCUCUGAACCCCUGUCUGGGAAACAGUUCCAUACAGUAUGUACAGUAACGUUGUAUAUUAUGUAAAAAAAAAAAGAAAAGAAAAUCACCCUUUGGUUUAUUGUAAAUCAGUUCUCGGAAACGUCUAUGCUUGUUCUUUUCUGUAUAAUACGAAGAAAAAGUCUAUUUAACGUGUUUUGUUAUAAUGUGUUUUCUGCAGAUGUUAUAAAAUCCCACGUUUAUGUCCCGUACCCUGAAGAAGCUUUCGCUAGUAUGAAAAGGUGUUUGUGUAGAAUGGGGGUACUUAUCCAUUCGUUUAUACACCAAAUACAUGAAAUUGGCUGCCAUUUUACACUUUUUUGUCAGUUCAAAGUUACUUUUAAUGUUGAGGAACACCUGAAAUAGUUCCUGUCAUCACUUUGUACAUCGUAGCAGCUUUUAAACGCGUUCAUAUUCUCAUUCACAAAAUACAGCAAAUAUUGUAAAGCACAACAACCCCAACCCUUUUUCGUCCCCGGGGGGGAAAACGCGACUUACUCUACAGCUUUACCUCUGCCUGUACAAAACGCAGGCACUGAAGACACCUUCUGAAAAUCGACAUGUUUAUUACAAGCCUGAGAUCCUUGUGAGUGAGCCAAACCUGGUCGCUAAAGUAGCCAUUUUUCCCCAAUCAUCUUAACCAGGGGUGCCAAUAUUUAUUGAGCCGAUCGUAUGUGGCUUACAAGCGACAUUUACGAGAUCAUCAGCUGCGACAGCAUCAUCCUCUAUAUAUCUUUUACUUCAUCUUUCUAUCAUACGUUAGUAGAUCUCAGGCAAUGAAUUGUUUACAGAGAUUUGCAUAUGCAUAAUGUUUACAUGGGACACGCCCACAAUGUUUUUGUCAUAUGCAUAUAAUUUAUAAAUUUUUUUUUCAAUCGUUUGCCGACAAAUGUUCUGCGUGACAUA